GAUCGGAUUCCGCACAGAAUAAUUUCUCGUUGAUUCGCAGGAGGUUUACAGAUUGCGCUUCGCGACUUCGGUUCCUUCGUGGCUGUUCGACUUCGCUCCUUCGGCUUCGUUGAUUCGCAGGAGGUGUACAGAUUGCGCGCGUCGCUACUUCGGUUCCUUCGUGCCUGUUCGACUUAGCUCCUUCGGCUUGGUUGAUUCGCCGGAGGUGUACAGAUUGCGCGCGUCGCUACUUCGGUUCCUUCGUGGCUGUUCGACUUCGCUCCUUCGAAGACUUUCCCUUCUUGUCGGAUUGGAAGUUAGGGCAUUUUGAUCGGAAGCAAGAACAGGAGCUCGCUGGCUGUGAAGUUAACUUUCUCGCUUUCGCGGGCUUCUAAUGUUAAAUCCCGUUAAAUCCACCGAACCGAGGGAUUUAGCUUAAAUCCUGCUGUCAAACAGUCCCUACCCCCUUCUCUCUCUCUCUCUCUCUCUCUCUCUCUCUCUCUCUCUCUCUCUCUCUCUCAAUACGCCCCACCCCACGCUCGAAUCAAAUCACCGAAGAGAUGAUAAAGAGGCGAUUUUACAAGAUAGAACACGGAGACAAUAGCGGUUCUUCUGAAUCCUCGUCUUCCGAUGACUCUGACUCUUUUACAGAAGUAGAAGCAGAGGAAGAUCACGAAGUAGAAGAGGAAGAGCAAGAAGAAAAUGAGCGAGGAAGGGGAAAUGAUAACAAUACUCUGCGCUGCCCUUCUCCUGGGUCAGGUUAUGAGAGCGAGGAUAGUUCAAAUAACGAGGGUGAUGACGAUACUUCAGAUUUACUUUCUAACGAGGAAAAUGCGAGUGGUGGAAACAUCAAAGUUAGCAUGAUAGUUGGCAAGGUACCUGAUAAUGAAGUUGAGAUUGCUCCCGAAAUGACAGGGAUGACGAUAGAUCCAAAUUACCCUGUUCAGACUGAUAUUUCCAACUUUAUUCUAAAAUUUAAGUCAGUGUUCAAGUGUAGACUUUGCCCAAGAGUUCUCUGCUUAAAUGAAGACACUGUCAGGACACACCUUUCUUCAAAAAGGCAUUCUCGGUCCAAAAAGCUGCAUGAUGAGGGUAGGCUGAAAUUAAUGUUAAACAGCGAUGGGGAACUUGAGGAGGAGCAAGAGACCCAUGCUGAAAGGCAUGCUCGAAUUCUAGCUGUGUCUCAGAAACCGAAUCCUCCAAAAAAUAAGGAUAAUGGGCGUCAGAGGCAAAAUAAACGGAGAAAGAAGAGGAUGCGCACUGUUUCAAACAAGGGAAAAUCAGAACCAUCCAUUAAAAAUUGUUCAAAGAAGAGGCGUACAGUGGAUAACUGAAGAGCUCUCAGGUUUUCUCUUUUGGCUUCCCAUAUGCACCCCUACCAUUUUGAUGGCAACAAAUGUUCGGUAGAUGAAAUUAUUGUCUUCUUUGAUUAGCUUUUCUUCUUCUUCUUUUCUACUUUUAAGCAGAGUAAAUGCCUGCUGUUUGGGCAAGAAGGCUAGACAGUUUUUUCACAGAAAAAUUGUUUAUUCAGCACCAGGAGAAAGAUUAUAGCUAUAUAUAUAUAUAUAUAUAUAUAUUGAAUUUGUUGCUGACUAUCAGCAAUCAAAUGAAGCUUGUAAGACUACAAUAUUAUUUAUGUUGGUUUCAAAUUUUGUUUACUUGAGAGCA